GCCAACGCGAAACUUCCAAACCGUUUAUCGUUGUAGCUUUUCGUCGGGUUCCAUCAUCUCCCCAAUUCUGUUGACUGUUCUUCUACAGUCAUUACAGUCCACCGUAAUCCAGUGGCAAGCUUCUAAUUCCCAACGAUUGUGAAGUUUGGUAAUGAUUCUCUCUCUUCCUUCUUUCGAUUUUUUUACCCGCGUUUGGGUUUUGCGACGGCCUCUCGCACUCGCACAUGGGGGUAAAGACGUUCGCCCCGCCCCACACGCAGCGAGGGAAAAGUCUGAUCGAAGCGCUAGUAGCUGCGCAUUCAUUUGUAAUUUUCUCCACCUGGCCUUGUUCUGUCCAGACGAUUGCGGUAAUAUUACGCUUCUUAAUCUUAUCCUAUUCAGUGAAUCGGACCACGCGUCCUCUCAUUUAGACGCCCCCCACCUUUCUUGUUCACGAAAAAGGAACACCCAUUUACGACUAGACCCCACUUGAGAUUUGAGAACACCCAGGAAUCAGUGCUCUCGGUCAUUCGUUCGAUUUUCUGAAGGCUGGCAGCAACGUCAGAAUAUCAAGAAUAGUUCUUUCUUCCAAAAGAAAACAGGAAAAGAACUUCUAAAUGGCUCAAGAUAUGGCUCCUAGCAUCGACUCACCUAGGCGGCGUUCUGGCCUUUUGCGAGAUCAAGUCCAAUUAGUGAAGAAGAAGGACUCAAAUCGAUAUGAGAUCAUUCCAAUUCAAGAUCCCUUGUCAUUUGAGAAAGGUUUCUUCAUUGUAAUUCGUGCAUGCCAGUUGUUGUCUCAAAAGAAUGAUGGGAUAAUUCUAGUAGGAGUGGCAGGCCCCUCUGGAGCUGGGAAGACCGUGUUUACUGAGAAGGUGCUUAACUUUAUACCCAGCAUUGCUGUUAUCACGAUGGACAACUACAAUGAUUCCAGUCGUAUCAUCGAUGGCAACUUUGAUGAUCCACGUCUAACGGAUUAUGAUACAUUGCUGGAAAAUAUUCAUGGUCUAAGAGAAGGAAAAUCUGUUCAGGUUCCUAUUUAUGAUUUCAAGACUAGCAGUCGCGUGGGUUACAGGACUGUUGAUGUCCCCAUGUCAAGAAUUGUCAUUAUUGAGGGCAUCUAUGCUUUAAGUGAGAAAUUACGUCCAUUACUAGAUCUUCGUGUAUCAGUCACUGGUGGUGUUCAUUUUGACUUGGUCAAACGGGUGUUACGAGAUAUUCAGCGAGCUGGUCAAGAGCCAGAAGAAAUAAUACAUCAAGUUUCUGAGACGGUUUAUCCAAUGUAUAAAGCUUUUAUUGAGCCAGAUCUUCAGACUGCUCAUAUAAGAAUUAUCAACAAAUUCAAUCCCUUUACUGGUUUCCAGAAUCCUACAUACAUUCUUAAGUCAACAAAAGCAGUACCUGCGGAUCAAAUUAAGGCUGUUAUUUCUGAAAAUCUUGAGGAGUCUACUGAGGAAACUUAUGAUAUUUAUCUUCUACCUCCUGGUGAAGAUCCUGAAGCAUGUCAAUCAUAUCUAAGGAUGAGGAACAGGGAUGGGAAAUACAAUCUCAUGUUUGAGGAGUGGGUUACAGAUAUUCCAUUUAUAAUAUCACCUAGAAUAACUUUCGAAGUUAGUGUGCGCCUUCUUGGAGGGCUCAUGGCACUGGGCUACACAAUUGCAACCAUUCUAAAAAGGAGCAGCCACAUAUUCUCAAACGACCGGGUGUGUGUAAAGAUUGAUUGGUUGGAGCAACUUAACCGUAAAUAUAUUCAGGUUCACAUUAUCAUACUUACUGAAUAUUGGAUGAAGGUGCAAGGGAAAGAUCGGCUUCAUGUUAAAUAUGUUGCUGAGCAGUUGGGUUUGGAUGGUUCCUAUAUCCCUCGAACUUAUAUAGAACAGAUACAGCUAGAGAAGCUUGUUAAUGAUGUUAUGGCCUUGCCAGAUGAUUUAAAAACCAAGCUCAGCAUAGAUGAUGAUUCACUUUCAAGCCCAAAGGAAGCCCUUUCCCGAGCUUCCGCUGAUAGGAGGAAUAAGUACCUUAACUGUGGCUUAUCACAGUCAUUUUCAAUUCGGAGAGACAAGACCUUGUCAAAGCUGACAAAGCUUGCAGUUAAUAGUAGAAGGUUUGAUGCCAGGGCUCCAGAUUCCCCUGCAGCAGUCUCUAACCAGGGAGCCAUUACUCAACUCUCAGAGCAGAUUUCUACCCUCAGUGAGAGGAUGGAUGAGUUCACAUCUCGUAUUGAAGAGUUGAACUCGAAGAUCUGUGCUAAAAAAGUAUCUUCUAGUCAACAGAAUUUGGCUUUGCAACCUGAUGCGUCCAACAAUGGCUCUGGAGCGACUUCAAUCUUCAUAUCUGGAUUGAGUAACGGCGCCUUAACUGGAUCGCUACUCCCUCAUUCUUCGUCGUCCUCCCAACUGGCUAAGGAAUCUCCCCUGCUGGAGGAGAUACAAAACAUAGCGCGGGGGCAGCGUCAAAUUAUCCUCCAAGUCGAUAAUCUGAGCAAUCUUCUCCGGGAGUACUCGAGCGAGAGGAGUCGUCGGGGCAAAGUUGACGACGACUGGACGUGGAGGAUGGCUGAUUUUGAAGCCAUCGGUGCCCCACUUUUACUAACACUUGCAAUUGGUAGUUUAGGAUUUCUUUUGUUCAAGAACCUGACUUCCCAUAAAUGAUUUCUUUUCUUUACAGUUUCUUUGA